ACGGCAUACGUCGAGUUUGCGUCAUCAUAACGUAAAGAGCGCUCAAACGGGAAGGACGUGGGAUGAAGAGUGUUUAGACAGUGCUGCAUUAGAAACAUCAUAUAUUUUUUUUCAAAUGUUUCUAAUAUCGAAAUUAUAAAGUACAAAGUUAUAGGAUAGGGUCUUUCUACGCUCGCCGCCAUCAUGGCGUCGGACGAACAGUUUUCGCUAUGUUGGAACAAUUUCCAUGCGAAUAUGUCAGCAGGCUUUCACGGCCUGCUGUCGCGUGGAGACUUGGUAGACGUAACCUUGGCUGCAGAAGGCCGAUUAUUACAGGCACACAAAUUAGUUUUAUCAGUAUGUUCUCCCUAUUUUCAAGAAAUGUUCAAAAUGAACCCCACUCAGCAUCCCAUAGUAUUUUUAAAAGAUGUUAGUCAUUCUGCGCUAAGAGACUUAUUACAGUUUAUGUACCAAGGUGAAGUUAAUGUUAAGCAAGAAGAGUUAGCGUCGUUUAUUAGUACCGCGGAACAGCUUCAAGUGAAAGGUUUAACCGGUAAUCAAAAUGAAGAAAGUUCCACGCCAUCCAAACCAAAGCCGACUUCGAGGCCAGGCCCGAGGUCGUCACAACAAAGGCAAUCUGUUAUGACUAAGUUAGAGACUGAUUUAGAUUCUAAGCCCUCCUCAACUCCAGUAGCAAUUAAGAGAACAAAUAGGCCAUCAAUAGCAUCAAAUAAUUCAUCGUCAUCUCAAAGUGGACCCGCGAAACGGAAAUGUGUAGACCCCUUAGAGGCCGGACCGUCUGGUUCGGCUAAAGAAGAAUUCGUAACGAUACCUGAUGAAGACGAAAAUAACGCUGUUGCACCCAAAAUGGAACCUGAAUUUGUUAAUGAAAGUAUGUGGGACGAAGAUGACGAUGGCACGAAUAACGAUGAAACUAAUUUUGGCGAAGACGACUCAAAUAUGGAAAUGUCUGGUUUUGAUGGCUCUACAACAGGCGAUGGUAAUCUUACUGGAGGUGGUGAAGGCGGCGCAGUAGGUGAUGCACAAGUUUUAGAAAAUCUAAGCAACAUGAAGGGCGACCUGCAUUUUAUACAGACGAAAAGCGGCCAUCUGCAACUUAUAUACGAGCCCUAUAUAUUCGUUACGGAUAGCGUUCGGAGCGGCCGAACGUUCUGGCGGUGCAUGGAGUACGGGAAACGGUGCCGUGCGAGGAUAACCUCUAAGAACAACGUGUUGAGGAUAACCAACCCGGUACACAACCACACAGAUAACCAUAUGGACAAAAUCGCGCGCAAAUACGAAUUGGGCGAAGUUGUGACGUGUCCAACGGUCUGAGGAUUGCUCUGCCGCGGUUUUAAUGGCUUAUCUACAUGUGAUUAGGUAUUACGUGGAUCCGGUUCAGUUGUAUUUGGUUUAUAAGCUACUCGUAACUGCGUGCAUUGCUGUAAUAACUUAAUUUUAUAAAAACGGCCUAAUAGACUAAGAUCAUGUGGAUGGUUAGAUCUUUGUCAAUCAGCUUGUCAGCUCAUGCUUCAACUCUUGGUAAUGUGGAGUUUUGGAAGCUAUGUGGCACGUCGAUUCUCUUUCUACGAACGCUAACGCUUCGGAGACUAAAAAAUAUAUAUGCGAAUGACAGAUCCGAUCGAUAACUUGAUCACGUGACCUGUCGAUAGCGAACGUCAUUCACAUAGAUUUAUUUGAUUUUCGAAGCCAUUGCAAUUGUAGAAAAAGAAUAGACGUGCUACAUGACUACAGGCCCUGGUUUUCACAGAUUCUCGUUCUCUAAUAUAACAUCUCGAUUUGCGAACUUUCUAGAAAAUCAGAAUAACUAUCUAACAUAUAAUGUUGUUAACUAUAAAACUUCAUUAAGGCUACAAAAGUAACAUUUUUAAGCUUUUGAAUGUCAAAUAUGGAGUCAAACAAAUCACGACUUUACUACUCGACUGCGAGAAGGGUUAUUUUGUUCAUGCAAUGUACCAGAUUUCAGUGGACGUAUCGUUAAGUUGAAUGAAUUGUGGAACGUUUUGGUUUUGGUCAUAGAAACUACUAAUAAUGUCACUUUAAAACCUGUGUGGACACGUAUGUUUUUUGAAUGAAAUGAAAUAUAUUGGAAUAUAGUUAGCUGAAGAUAAUCCAGUAAUUACUUAAGUGAAACUUGAGAGUAUUUUAUCGGAUUUGUGUGACGUUGUCGUACAUGGAUUUGCCAGGAUCUUACUAUUAAUUUUACUAAUGUUUACUUGAUAAAGACUUUUGAUGUUAUGACGGGGUAGAGGUUGAAGCAAUAAUGUUGUAUAAAUAGAUAAAGCGCCAGAAAAUCCUGCGCAUACAUAUAAACAUGUCACUAAAAUGACACAAGUGAUUUAGUAUUAGCGCUUGUAAUAAUAGAUCGAGAAUCAUUAAUUUUUUUUAAAUAAAAAAGAUAAUUAUUAGACUAUGCUCCCCUACUAUAGGUAAGUACUGUACAAGGUUUAUGGUUUGGUUUGGGUGUAGACACGCAACUAUCAUGAAUUUUAGCGCAUUUUUAAUUUUAUUUUCUUCUUGAUUAAAAGAAUACUCUAAAAUCAUUUCCUCAAUCGCUGGACGCAUAGCUUCACAGCAACACUUCAUAGGACGCGUUCAAAGUUUAUAAUCUACCUCACAAAGCUACUAUGGUACGAUUUCUAUAGUUUCCUAGCAUACACAUAAAAUAGAAUGACAAACUUUAAACGUUUAUAAAAUUACGAAGUGUUGGCUUCCGCGGGCUCGUAGUCUUUUUUUUUUUUUACAAGUUAGCCCUUGACUACUAUCUCACCUGAUCGUAAGUGAUGAUGCAAUCUAAGAUGGAAGCGGGUUAAUUUGUUAGGAGUAGGAUGAAAAUCUACACCCCUUUCGGUUUCUACACGACAUCGUACUUGAACGCUAAAUCGCUUGGCGUUACGUCUUUGUCGAUAGGGUGGUAACUAGCCACGGCCAAAGCCUCCCACCAGCCAAAGUCUACUGUUAUAAUACAGAUCUGAUCUCUAUCAAUUAUGUCUCUACUUCAUUAGCAACCCCUUUUCAGGAUGUUGAGCUCACUGUUGAGCACGAGUCUCCUCUCAGAAUGAGAGGUGUUAGGGCAAUAGUCCACCACACUGCGGACAAAUGCAGAUAAAUGCGGAAUGUAGGUUUAAAUCCGGUCCGGGGCAUGCACCUCCAACUUUUUAGUUGUGUGCUUUUUGCUUUUAAUUCACGUGUCUUAAAAGGUGAAGGAAAAACAUCGUGAGGAAACCUGCAUACCUUAGAAUUUUCUUAAUACUCUACGUAUGUAAAGUCUGCCAAAGUAUCUAAUUAAAGAGAUAAAUUAAAAAAAAAAAAAAAAACAGAUAAUAUUUGUUAAUUAUUUAAAACUUGCAUUAUACAAAAUCCUACUACGACAUUAAUUUCGGCAGUUAACUGUCUUAUGUCGUAAUGUAGUGUUUAUUAUGAAACUCAUUUUUUUUUAACAACUUAAACCAUAUUUAACAUCAAGCAAUAUAGUAUAUCUUACUUUAAUAUAAUUUUAUCAGUAUUAAUUAACGUCUUUACCAUUUAAUAUUUAAUGUAUUAAAAAUUCAGCUAUGUACACAAACUGUUUUAUUUUCGUGGAAUUUUUCAUGUUGUGCUUUAGUUUAUGCAGUAUUUUUCAUAUUCAGAAUUGUGUUUGUUUUCAUUAUUAAAUAGUAUCGUAAGCUUGAACAUUUUUUGCUACAUUAUCGCAUUCUGUUAGUGAAUACCGAACGACAAUAAAUUACUUCGUAGUUAACUUGAAAGGACAUUGACUCCGUGAAGGUCGUGCGUAGUUUUUUGACGUGUCCCACUUUUCAUUAACAACAAACCAUGCGGUUCACGAGUACUGAUUAAACAAGUUCUAGUAAUAACAGAAGCAAUUGAAUCGGUUCCACGUAGUACAAUUCCUAAUUUCUUAGUACCUAUUUAUAAUUGUAAUUGUAAAUAAUUUUUGUACGUGACAAUGAUUUGAAUAUGAUAAUUGAAUUAUGUUGAUGAACCAAAAACUUUAUUUCUGACUAAGUCAACGAUUCUUUUUAGUUCUUAGUUUUAUUAUAGGGCCCACGCAGACCCAAGAGUUUCAUGCGUUCUGAGUUCUGUGCAAUGUUUCUAUAGCGCAGAUAACAGACCGUCACGCUGCCGGCUAUUUGCGCGGUGUGUUAUUGUUAUAAAAGUUACAAAGAACACGGAACGCAGAACUCAGAACGCCUGCCGCUCUAGCUAUGUUACAUAUCGGUAUUCUUUCUACAAUUGCUAACACUUUGAAAUUUAAAAAAUAUUAGGAAAUAAUCGCUUUAUAAGCUGAUCACGUGACCUAUCGAUAGCGAAUGCCAUUCCCAUACAUAUUUUAAUUCUCGAAUCGUUAGUGAUUGUAGAAAGAGAAUCGAUUAGUAAUAUAGCUAGAGCGGCUGAAAUUUUAAUGUCUGCGUAGGCUCUCACGUUUGUGUAAAAGUGAGCGAUCAUUGAACGCGUGUGUUGUGGUGUUGUGUGGCAGAAUCGCCACUGUAUUGUAAGAUAAUUAUGUCCAAUGGAAUCCGUUGUCUCGCAUGCUACUAUGUAGCAUUAUGUUAAGUUGUGAUAAUAGUCGUCGUAUCAACCGAUGGACCGGAACUGUAGUCUGUGACGAUGUUUUUGUAAUUCAACAGCGUGAGCCUCGGAUUCUUCUCUAUAUCUCCCUGUCUAACACCAUACAAUAGAUAGAGAGUUAUAGUAUUCGAAAUUUACAUUAUCGAGUUAUUAAAACAUCGUUACAGAGCUCUUUUGAACAUAGUUUAUUUUCUUUUCUGUACUUUCAUGUCCAUCGGACUUUCGUAUUCUGCCACUUUCGUAUUUCACUAAUGUGUAGUUAUUUGUUUUUGCUUACGUUUCUUUCAAACGUGCAAAAAUGAAAUAGUUUUUUUCAAUUACAUUUUUCAAAUCAAUUGAAGUAGUAUUUCCAUUUUUUACUGUGAAUGUAAUUGACCCCUUGUUUUGAGACCUGUAAAUAUCUAUUCAACUUAGAAAGUGUGAUGGCAGACGAUGUGAUGCGAUGUGUUAAAAACUGCGCAAGCCUUAACAAUGGAUUUUAAUUAUUAUGUAUUAUUAUCUACAAUUCUUUCAUUAAAUGAAAACAGUGAAUGUUAGUGUAUUACUUACCUAAUUAAAUAUAAAACUGGAAAUUGAUAAGUAGCAUAAUAAAGAGUAGUUUUGA